AUUCAUUCAGUCAGUUAACUGUCAUUACGGGAAAAUAAAGUCGUCGCGUUGUUUGUUGUAAUUUUAUAGUUGAAAUGGUUCCAGUUAUUUAAUAUUUUUGAUAAUCGAAUGUUUCUGAAAUGCUAAAGUAAUUAAGUGAAUAAUUAGGUCGUGAAAAUGCCACCUACCGUUCAAACAAAUGAGCCCGAAAGAGAAAAACGUCCACAGAGGACAGGGGAAAGGAGAUCGGAGCUUGUGACACGCGUGAAGUACUGCAACACACUUCCAGAUAUACCCUUUGACUUAAAAUUUAUAACAUAUCCAUUUCCAUCGACACGAUUCAUUCAAUAUAAUCCGACCUCUUUGGAAAAGAACUACCGGUAUGAAGUGCUUACUGAGCACGAUUUGGGAGUUCACAUAGACCUAAUUAACCGGGAUAUAUACCAGGGCGAUGGUAAUGCCAUAUUAGAUCCGGCUGACGAGAAAUUACUUGAAGAUGACAUCCUCACGCCCCAGGACUCGAAGAGGUCGCGGCACCAUGCUAAGAAUGUGUCAUGGUUGCGCCGCUCCGAGUAUAUCUCUACGGAACAGACUAGGUUCCAGCCUCAGUCUAUGGAGAAGGUUGAAGCAAAGGUCGGUUACAAUGUCAAGAAAAUCUUCAGUGAGGAGACACUUUACAUGGACCGUGAAAGUCAAAUCAAGGCAAUUGAAAAGACAUUCGAGGACAAUAAGAAACCUAUAGAGAAACACUACAGUAAACCAGGAGUUACUCCCGUGGAGAUCAUGGAAGUAUUCCCCGACUUUGACAUGUGGAAGUACCCGUGUGCUCAGGUCAUAUUUGACUCCGAUCCCGCACCUACGGAUAAGAAUAUUGCUGGACAGAUUGAAGCUAUGUCACAGGCUAUGAUUCGAGGUGUGAUGGACGAAAGUGGAGAACAGUUUGUGGCCUACUGUCUGCCCACUGAGGAAACUAUACAGAAACGUCGCCGGGACAUUGCAGAGAGCAUACUGUAUAUGGACGGAGAUACAUACGAGUAUAAGAUGGCUAGAGAAUACAAUUGGAACGUCAAGAGUAAGGCUUCUAAGGGUUACGAGGAGAACUAUUUCUUGGUUGUCCGCAACCACUGCGUGUACUACAACGAGCUGGAGACUCGCGUGCGGCUGUCGAAGCGCCGCGCCCGCGCCGGGGCGGCCGCGCAGGCGCUGACGCGGCUCGUCGUCACGCACCGCCCGCUCAGCGCGGCCGAACAUCGCAUGUUAAGGCUCAGAGAGAAGCAGCUUGAACCGCCUCAGGAGGAAGAUGAAGAAGAAGAGGAAGAUGAUGACGACGAUGAUGAUGAUAAACAAGAACAGAAUGGUGAUAAAGAAAGAUCCCGAUCUCGUUCAAAGUCUGGUUCGAAAUCGCCACAUGGCUCAGACCGAUCAAAGGGUUCCAAGUCGCGAUCAAGAUCCGGUUCUCGCUCUAGAUCGAAGUCCAAGUCGAAGUCUAGAAGUCGAUCCCGGUCUGGAUCGGGCUCUAGGAAGUCUAGAUCACGUUCGGGAUCUGCACGCUCUGGAUCAGCCAGAUCCGGUUCCGGCAGAUCUAGAUCUCGUUCUCGCUCUAAGUCUGGAUCACGUGCGUCAUCGCGAGCUUCUUCCCGCGCCAGUUCUCGCAGCGGGAAGGGUUCCCGCGCCAGCUCGGCUAGUGGACGGUCCAGACCUAGUUCUAAGGGCAGUGGGAAGGGCUCCAGAGCCAGUUCAAGGGCAAGUUCACGGGCUUCAUCGCGAGCCAGCAAGCGCUCAUCAAGGGCCUCGUCGAGAGCUUCAAGGGCGUCAUCCAAAGCAUCCUCUCGAGCUAGCUCUAGAAGGAAGUCAGGGUCUGGAAGCGGUUCUGAUAGGUCCAGGAGUAGGUCUGGUAGUGGAUCUAGAAGGGGCUCCCGAAGCCGCAGCGGGUCGGCGUCGAGCGCUUCGUCACGGCACAGCGGCUCAGACUGAACCCACAACAUCUGUCACUACUAUGUGUUCCCACAAUCACUUGCUUAUCUGUAAAGUGUAAUAAAAAUAUAAGAAUAAAA